AUGAGCUAUCUAUCUCAUCUGAUUCCUGGAUCAUACCCUGAUUCAUCUAGAGCAGUUGAAAGACAGCCAUCUUCGAUGUCGCUAAGAAAUACUACCGCAAGUGCUAUUAUAGACAAGGAGAAUGCGAACACUUUUGAAAAGAAACAAGUAUUCAAUCAAAGAAGAAAACUACAACAUAAUUUGAUCUCACAGCUAGAUACUUCAGUGUAUUUUUUGGUCGGCUACCAAUUCAUAAAAUAUUGUCACUCAGCUUGUAUUGUUCCUGCCAUAUUUCAUAUAGCUAUUCAGAAAUUUUUGGGUUGUGAUUCGGUUGCCUCUUCUGAGGGCGUACAUACUAUGAUGGCUGCAAUCAAUUACCGGGCAGGUGAGGAUUCAGAAGCAAGAAAUAAAGUAAUCAGAGCUGUUAUAAGUAAAACAAGUUUAACUAUCUAUUGCAAAUCGGUCUUUACCUUUCUCUAUCAUAUCUUAUUUGUCGGCAUAUGGGUACUACCUGUGGUAACUAGAGGCACUCAAAAUAUUGAAAAUGGUACUUGGUGGUUCGUUUCCUUUAUUGGUGAAGGUGUUACUAAUGACAUAGAAUCUUCUUCGAAUACGUGGAUUAAAUUGGCAAAGCUAGGACUCCCAGGUCUCUUGUUGACCGAUCUUUUGAUUUUAUUAAUUCAAUUAAUCCUAUACCAAUGCAUAUUCAAACAAUCCAAUUUGAUCAUUAAGGAUAGAAUAUUAAAUGAGAAUGAGAAUGAGAAUGAAGAAUACGUGUUGCGAUCUUCUGCUGAGCAGUUUUCAAAUGUUAAUCUUAAUCCGAUAGAAGAUGACAAAGUUCCUAUGAUCUUAACAGUAAAAUUGUUCGAGGCAUUUGAUUCGAAAUCAUUUCGAUUAAACCCUUAA